AUGGGCAAUCCAAUUACGGUUCAAAUAAGACCUUCCAAUGGCCAAGUCUUUCAAGUGGAAUUCGAUCCAGAGACCACCACAGUAAAGCAGCUCAAGGAGAUAAUUGCCGAGAAACGUAAUGGCGUCAAUGCGGAUAGUCUGAAGCUCGUUUACUCGGGAAGGAUACUCAAGGACGACGAUCUGUGUACUACUUGCAAGAUUGACCAAGGUCAUACUAUCCAUAUGGUUGUAUCCAACGCAAGGUCGUCGUCGUCGUCGUCUUCGUCACCGACAUCCUCAGCAACUUCACCCAAUAUCAACAAUACGACUACAACACCUACUACAACUAGUGCCACUACUACUUCCUCCUCCACCACCAACACUACCGCCAACAACAACAACAACAGCAACAGCAGCAAUCAAACGAACACUAAUCCUCUCUUCCCCGGAUUCGGUGGGUUUCCUGGAUUGGAUGGAGCUGGCAGCAAUGAUCUCUUUGGACGUGGUGGUGCUGGUUCCAUGAUGGAUCCUGAAUACAUGCAACAAAUGAUGGACUCUCCUAUGAUGCAAAGUCUUUUAAACAACACAGAUUUCGUACGCUCCAUCAUCAUGAGUAACCCUCAAAUGCGGACACUCAUUGAAGAAAACCCCGAGAUUGGUCACGUUAUUAAUGAUCCAGCGUUCCUGAGACAAUCGAUAGAAAUGAUGCGGAAUCCAGAAUUGAUGCGACAAAUGCAAAGAAGUAAUGAUCGAGCAAUAUCCAAUAUAGAGGCACUCCCUGGAGGUUUCAAUCAUCUUCGACAAAUGUACAAUACUUUCCGUGAUCCAAUGGAAUCCGUAUCACAAACAGACAGCCAAGCUUCGGAAGAAGCCAAUCAACGACUAGCCCAGCAAUUGAAUGUAACAAGUAUUCCAGAGAAUCAACUCAACACCCAAGCGCUUCCUAAUCCAUGGGCUCCUCGAACAUCCCAAUCGAAUCAGGCUUCAUCAACACCGAGUGGUGGUGGGAAUAUGUCAUCUACCAAUAUGGGUGGUAUGAAUCCUUUUGCUGGAAUGCCAAUGCUUCCUCCUUUUAUGGCACCACAGCAACAGCAACAACAGCAGCAGCAAUCCUCCACGGAUAAUGGAUCACAAAACAACAACAAUACAGCACAGCAACAAGUACCAUUUUGGGCUGAUCCAGGCUUUAUUCAAGCUAGUAUGCGUUUACAAGCCAUGAUGGAUUCUCAACGGCAAGGUGGUGGUAACCAACAGCAACCUUCACCCAUGUUUAAUGCAUUCCCUGGACUUUUUGGAGAUAUGGGCAACCAAAACACAAGUGCUGCAGCAGGUACGGGUGCUGGUAGUGCGCCGGCUGAACCACCAGAAACACGCUUUCGAACACAAUUGGAACAACUUGAAGAGAUGGGUUUUUCGGAGCGACAGGCCAAUGUGCGAGCAUUGUUAGCGACAGGCGGCAACGUUGAAGCUGCUAUUGAAUAUCUUUUGUCUAAUUAG